UGGAGACUUGAACUUCGUUCGAUUCUUGGACUUUGAGUCCCGAGAGCUUAGCAAUCUCAUUCCUACGCGAAAAAUUAUUGGACUUAAUCAUUGGGGUCCCAGAAUCUGCAGUUUUAGGAUCCCGAUACUAUUCCGAGACCUUCACAGUCAAAUAAUGGAUCAGUUUGUAUUCCAUUGCUCGAUAUGCUUGAAAGAGAACGCCGUUCCACUCAUGCGGUCCCUGAUGUGCGGUCACAGUUUCUGCGCACCAUGUCUUCAUGAAUACAUGACAGCAACCUCUCGCCCAACAUGCCCUGAAUGUCGCGAAAGAAUCAAACGGGGAGAUGAGAGGCGGAUCUUUCUCAACAUGUCGUAUGUUCCACGAGCGACUACUGUCAUCUCGGGACUUGCACAGAUGGAUGCCAAUGCGAGACUUGUCAGUGUGGCCAAGGCGGGAAAGAAGAUAGCACAGGCCACCAAGGACUUGCGAUGUGAUCAGGAUCUUGCGGAGGCACUUUUACGCGCGGUUGAAGACUUCAAGGAGCGAAUCGCGCCUACUUUUGCAGAACUGGACGUGAAACGCCGAGAGAUUCAGAAGAUGAGUCGAGACCAUGAGGUGGCCCUACAAGCGGCAAAAACUCGCCUCCUAGAAGUCGAAUUGGAGAGAGAUCAGGCUCUAACUUGUGCGCAGCAAGCUAUAACAAACAAGUCGGAGUAUGAAGAAAGCAUGUCGAGCCUCAGAUCCGACAAUAUGGCAUUGACAGAGAGAAACAGCUCGCUAGAGGCAAAGGAUGCCAGACAGAAGAUGACUAUCCAAGCCUUAGGAACGGACAUGAAAGCGAAAGAUGCCCAAAUCGAGCAAUACAGACAAACAAUCACUGAGCAGAAGAACCGAAUCCAUCGAUACAAAGCACGAAUUGAAGAGCUCAAAAUCCAACAAAAUGCCCGAGUUUAUGAAAAAUCAGUCGUUCUUCCAGAUGAGGUAGACAAAUUGUUCUAAUGCGAAAAGUACAUGGCUCAUGCCUGCACAAGAUCGACCUUGACGAAGCCAUUAGCCAUCAUUCGCCUCAUCGGCUCCGGACC